UCACUAGAAUCUUGCUGUGAAAGUACAGGAGUCCUUGGCUAAGGCCAAUGAUGUGGCAGUGGAGACCUUCUCCUCCAUAAAGACAGUGCGGAGCUUUGCUAAUGAGGAUGGUGAGGCAGAACGCUACAGCAAGAAGUUGCAAGAAACAUACAAGCUGAACAAGAAGGAGGCAGUAGCCUACGCUGGAUUCAUGUGGACCAACAGUUUGUCUGGUUUGGCAUUGAAGGUCAGUAUCUUGUACUAUGGAGGCCGUCUGGUGACUCAUGGAGAUGUCAGCAGUGGAGACCUGGUGGCAUUUGUUUUGUAUGAAAUGCAGUUUACUUAUGCAGUGGAGGUUCUGUUAUCAGUGUACCCCAAUGUGAAGAAAGCCGUAGGAGCAUCAGAGAAGAUAUUUGAGUACAUGGACAGAACACCCAAAAUAACUAGGACUGGAACACUAGCUCCUGAAUCCCUUACAGGCCACAUUGAGUUCAAGAAUGUGUCCUUUUCUUAUCCCAACAGAUUGGAUACUCCAGUUUUGAAGAAUAUUUCCUUUGAAUUGAAGCCUGGCGAGAUUACAGCAUUGGUGGGGCCAUCUGGAAGUGGAAAAUCAACAUGUGUUUGUCUGCUGGAGCGAUUCUAUGAACCUGUGUCUGGGGAAGUUCUCCUGGAUGGGAGGCCAGUGCUCGAGUAUGAACACAAGUAUUUCCACAGUAAGGUUGCCCUUGUGAGCCAAGAACCAGUGCUGUUUGCUCGCUCAGUGGAGGAAAAUAUUGCUUAUGGAUUAGAAGAUUCUUCUUCUGAUGGUGUUGUACUUGCAGCAAAACAUGCAAAUGCACAUGCUUUUAUCUCAGCUUUGAAGUCUGGAUAUCAGACAGAUGCCGGUGAGAAAGGGGGGCAGCUUUCUGGAGGACAGAAGCAACGAAUAGCUAUCGCUAGAGCUUUGCUUAGAGACCCAGAGGUCCUGAUCUUGGAUGAUGCCACUAGCUCCCUGGACACAGAAAGUGAACAUAUGGUCCAGAAGGCUCUCUAUAAUGGUGAACAGAAAAGGACCAUCUUAGUUAUAGCCCACCGCCUGAGUACUGUAGAAAUAGCAGACAAGAUUAUUGUUGUGGACAAGGGGGAGAUUGUAGAACAAGGAACACAUGAAAAGCUGCUAGAGAAGAAGGGACAGUACUUUCAGCUUGUGCAGAAGCAGUUCACAGGAUUUGAUAAGAAUUCUAGAAGCACAGAACCAUGUGAACUGGAUGAAGAGUUUUAACUGGUCAGUCAAGGUGCAGCAGCUUCAAGGAAGAAAAUAACACGUUUGGUGAAAGACAUUUUGAGUCUGUAAUACUGCACUUAAAAAAACAUUUAUAUAAGAUCUAAAUAGAUCUACUACCCUUAAAAUACUCUAUAGUCCGUGCAAAAAGAUGUAAAUAGUAUUAUGGCGCAAUACCAGAAUGCAGGAAUGUCACUCUGGGCAUGUUUUGUCAUUUUACCAAUAUUUUCUUUUUGUGCUUAAUUAUUUUGUGUUUUGCAAAUGUCUGAAUGUUGUACAGUAGACUUCAAUCUGUGGGCAGUGUUUCUUACACACACACACACGCGCACACACACACACACACACAAAUGUAUGCAGAUGAGCACACAGAGACACACACAGACACAACAAUUAAUACUUGUGAAAUAUUUGAGGAUAGAGUCAUGUGUUUCACACAGCUACAAUCAAAAUAUUUAAACCACUUUUUCUUUGUGCUUUUCACACUAGGAAACUGCAAACUGCUAAUCUGACAUCAUUUUCAUUCAUUACUCAACUGAUGGGUUUUGGAUCUGUCUCGGCCCCUUCUUCAAGCUCCUUGGAUCCAACUCUCCAGCACCUGCCUGUACCCAUAAUGUCUCACCAACCUGACAUACGUCAGAUCUCGUUUGCUGCCAUAUUGCUUCAGACGCGGCUCCAUCCUCUGUCGACCUAUCUUGUGAUUUCCACUAUAAGUAGUGAGUUUUUCUUAAUUUAAUUCUUAAUGCACACUAUCCUUUGAGCAUUUUCACCUGCCACCCUUACUUUCUGGAGUUUUUCUUGGCUUGUAACCAUUGGGCUUUACUUUCCUCUCCACUGAACCUCUAGUAUUAUCUCAAGCACCAUUGUUGGUACCUUGGCCUUUCCUUCUUUUUCUCUUUCUACCUGUUAGAGGGUAUUUCUUUAUACCAUCAUAAGUACUUUGCUAAAAACUAAAUAUGCAUGCAAAUAAAUAAAUAAAUACUAAUACCCCUUUCUGUCUUUCUUUUCUGGAUAAAGACUAGUAUUUCUGUCUAUUAUGGCAGACAAACCAACCAGAUUCAAAAAAAGCAUGCCCGCAGGAAAUGUGUUUGUUGCUUGGGCACUGCCUACUUGGAUAAUGACUGUUCUGUUUAUGCUGGUUUCAACACCAGAGCACUUAGUGAUAGAAGAAAUAAAUUAAUUUUGUAGGGCCUUCUUCCUUCUGAUUCCUACUCUUGUCUUUCAAAUGAGGCUCAAACCCCUUGCAAGAGUUUCAACAAAGCAAAGCCUGAUUCGGCUUCUAAAGACAAAGAUACCAGAAAAAGGUCUCUGGACCCAUUUCUGACUUUGGCUUCAACCUCCGAGCCACCAUUGAAAAUUUCAAAAAGUUGGAUCUGACUCCCUCAGUUCAAAAAGUGAAAUCUCCUUGGAUCUUGUUGCCCUGAUACCCACUGGAGCCAAUACCUACUCGGCUUCCUUCUCCAUUUCUACAGGAGGCUCCAUGGAAACACUUUAGGCCACCAUAUACCAGCUCGUUGCUUAGGUCCUCCAGGAGCUUGUCUGAGGCUGAGGUGGAUAGGAAAAGAUAGGAAAAGGAAAUUCCUCAGAGCUCGGAUCCAGAUGUGGUAAUUCCUGCUCCAUCUCCCAUCAGACCAGUGAGCCUGCCCGUCACUGAUUCUCACUUAAGAUUUCCUUAUCCAAUCCAUCUUGUGGUUUUGGAACCCUUGGAUCCAAGAUCCCUGGGAGUAUCCUCAUCGAAUCUGAAGAUAGAUUGCUCUUCAGCUCUGACUGCUUCCCUGAUCCAUCCAGCUCCCAAUUCUUACAGAACAGGAGGAAUCUCGGAGCCGAAGCAUUAGCACCAGCUUUGGGGGCCGGGAUCAACUACAGAGUUAUCGGAGCCAUCUUUGCCUGUUAGCACUUCAGCGAUGGACAGCUUUGGUCCGAAUCCAUCCUCAGGAGGAGGGUCUGGGUGGAUUCAGGGGUCGUUGGCACAGGGGACAUUGGCCGCAGUGCAGCCAGCUUUGGUCUCCCCUAGGCCAUCUGCCUUUGAGAUUGUGGAGCGGGCCUUCUCUCUGCCUAGAGAGAGAGCGGACAUCCUUGCCCCUCUAAGAUCCCAUUACUUUGCCAACUUCAGGUCUUAGUUCUGAGCAUUGUACUUCUAUUCCACUGGGACAGCCAACCCAUUCAAUUCUCCAUUCAGUCCCUCAGAAAUCCUGCCACUUCCAAUACCUCACCAGACCAUCCCAUUAAUGAGGUCCCUUGGAAGAGAACAUGUAAAAGGAGACAUUUAGAUUCCCAUCAGGAAUCUCUUACUGAGGACACUGACUGUGAUGAAGGGUCCCCCAGAUGUCCUAGAGGUAGUAGCAUUGGAAACAUAUUUGAACUUAUAAAACAAAAAGGUGGAUGGUCAUCUGACACCUCAUUGCAGUUGAAGUUGAUGUUCCUACAAGCUUUUGGGACUGGUCUGGUUAUGUCUUGGGUUACUUCUCUGUCUAGUGAGCUAAUAGACCUUGUCUCAUGCUGUGCAUGGAGAGAACUGAAUACUAUGGAUCCCUAUCUCCAUGUGCCCAGAUAAAAUUUUAGUCACCCCUCCCCCAAAGGAUAGCGCAUAUUGGAGCAAGGAGGUCCCAGCAGAUAUCAUGGUUGUGGCAGCAGCCACUAAGAAAAAUCUCAUGGCACAGAGUUCAAUUGUCACUCCCCCUAACAGGGAGUCUAGGGCCUUGGACAGAUUUGAUAAGCGGGUUUAUAUUUCACUGACCUUUGUUCUGUUGUCAUUGAAUUAUCUGUCACUCUUCAGAAAGUUGCAAAGAGAUUUGACUAAAGAGCUCUCCAAAUCUGUUUCUGGGUGCAUCUGUGUGGAGGACCAAAACAAGAUAUCUUCAUAACUGGGCACCCUUCAAUCCAUAUUAAACGCAUCCAGGAGGUUGAUAUUCCAUGCUGUAGAGUGUACCUCAUGGGUGGCAGGUUCAGGCAUACCCAUCAGAAACAUUGCCUGGAUGUGACUAUGUGAUUUGGCAGAGCCCUUCACUUCAAGUCUUUAUUCAUCAGUUCUGCCUUUGAUGGCCAUUCUUUGUUUGGCCCAAUGGAAAAAGAAAUGCUCUUGUCGGCCAUUGGGAUCCAUUUUUCUACUCCUCAGAGACAUUUUGCCCAGAAUCAUCAAUGAGGCAGAAAGAUGUGUUUUCACAAGUCCCAGGGUCCCAAGACUCAUAAGUAGAUGCGGGGGGGGGGGGGGACUCUAAUGGAAGAUGCAAUCCCUAUGGUAGAGAUGGCCCACAGAACCAGGGUUUCUGGGGCUCUUUUUCAGACAAACCCUCCCAGCGCUUCUGAAAGUAUGCCCAGCUGCUGCUUUCUAGAGGCAUUGGGGGGGGACAUUUGUCUCUGCACCCUGAGGCCUCAGUAUCCAUCACAAAAGAUUCCUGGGUGCAGAGAAUUACAUCCAGAGGUUAUUUCAUACUAUUUUCUCAAGCUUUUCCUUCAAAAAUGAAAAGGAUCCCUGAUAUUUCACCUAAUCAGAAGGAGCCUGCAGCCUUCAAAAUAGAAAAGCUGCUCCAAAAAGAGUCAUCCAAAAAAUCCCCCCAGACCAGAUAGG